GGCCAACCCUAAGGCAGAGACCGAGAAGGAGGUCAGUGACCAGCUCACGCUGCGGCCAGGGGUUUUUUAACAUUCAAGUUGCGGUACGCCGUGCCUCUGGACCAGGAGGGCCUUAAACCUGGGUCGUCUAGGCCAAGAGUCGAACGGCGUGAGGGAUUAACGCAUCGAGGACAACAUCGGCUUGAGCAGAGAACCCAGAGAAGUCGAGGGAGGGGCAGUUGCUGAGAUUGGGGGCGAUGGAAGCUUUCAGAUCGAUGCUCCAGAAUGUGGGAGCAACGGAUAUUUCGUUCUCGACCUACAGGAGGCAGAAGCUGGAGGACGAGCAGCAGGGACUCAGGAUGGAGGGCAAGUCGGAGGAAAAUGAGCAGCAAGAUCCCACAGGACCCAACGACAUGGUGGGCCUGGUGGUGAAGAGAUCGCUGAUCCAGAGGAGAUUCCUACUGUACCUCGUGCUCGGGGUCAUUUUCCUGCUGAUCAGCGCUUUCAUACUUGGCUACAUCAGCUCUCGGAGAUCCUGCAAGGCCUGUGAGGAGAUCGGUCUGCCCGGUGAGGACAGUGUGGUCAGCAACGACUGUGAUUAUCAGCGAGAUGUGGACAUCGACCCCGAUCCCGUGCUUUACUGGGGAGAUCUCACAGCGAUGCUCAAGAAAUAUAUCAACCAGGACGACAUCACCGAGCACAUCAGAAUGAUGAGUGAGGAGCCACAUCCCUCUGGCUCCGCGAAACUGCAUGAGCUGACAAAAACCAUUCACCAAAAAUUCAACAGCUAUGGACUGCAUCAUGUCUGGGACGAUUCACACUACGUCUCACUGCCGUUCCCAGACAGCUCUUCUCCAAACUACCUGAGGGUGACGAAUGCGAAUGGUACGAUCCUGGACACGGUGAGCCUGGACAAUGAGGCGUAUUUGGCCUACAGCCCGUCCGGAGUGGUCUCGGGUGGCUUGGUGUAUGCUCACUAUGGGAGAGACGAGGACUUUGAGGAGUUGAGAUAUCUCAACAUGGCUGUCCAAGGCAACAUUGUGAUCUUGCGAGCGGGACGUAUUAGCCUCGCGGAGAAGGUAGCCAACGCUGAGCAGAAUGGAGCGACUGGCGUUCUCAUCUACCCUGACCCCAGCGACUACCCACAGAACCCGAGGGACCGUGGGCUUCAGAGCAACAGCUGCAUCUCGGGGCACGUGCACCGUGGGACAGGAGACCCGUUCACGCCUGGAUUCCCUUCCUUCAACCACACUCAGUUCCCUCCUGUCAACUCAUCUGCACUGCCUACCAUAGUCGCAUUGCCUAUCAGCGCCAACGCAGCCUUCAUCCUCAUGAGUAAGUUACGGGGACAGAAAGCUCCUCAACAAUGGAGGGGCAAACUCCCUCAUGUUACCUACAACCUUGGGCCUGACUUGGAGAACCCAGGGGACCAGCUCCAGCUCAGCGUCUCCAGCCGCAUGGUCCCCACCAUGAUCAGCAACGUCUUCGGUUCCAUCGAUGGCUUCUCAGAACCUGACCGAUACAUCAUUUUCGGGGCGCAGCGAGAUGCCUGGAGUAAAGGGGCUGCAAAAUCUGGGGUCGGCACCGCCAUUCUCCUGGAGUUGGCCCAUACCUUUUCCCAAAUGGUGGCAAACGGGUUCAAACCUCGGAGGAGCUUGCUGUUUGCCAGCUGGGAUGCGGGGGAAUUCGGGAGUGUCGGGGCUACCGAGUGGCUGGAGGGUUACCUGACGAUGAUGCAUCUCAAAGCAGCAGCAUACUUCAGUCUCGAUAAAACGGUCCUGGGUAAGGCUCUUCCAUCCCUAACGCACAGGGGUACCCCGAGGAAUCCG